UAGAAAGCUCCUUCAAGAGCUCUAUUGCAGCCCAAGAUGCGAGUCUACUACUUUGGGGUCCGCGUCAACUGGGACAAGUUGUUGGCCAUCGAUCAACAAAAAGAAAGCUUCAAAGCCCAAAUCUUCGUGGAAGCUACGUUGCUACAUCCCCAAAAAGUGCGCGAGCGUGAUGAGGAAGAUGUCCUGAAAUUCUUCACAAGGGCCACCGUGGAGAAUAGCUUAGCGAAGCCGAAGGAUGACGAAUUUCCGACACAGGAUGACAAAAAGAACUGGAGAUUUGUGUGGCUCAUCCAUGGUGAGUUUGGGGAAGAGUUGGAGCUGCAAAACUUCCCAUUCGACACCCAGGACCUCUCUGUCAUGCUCCGCUUUGGAUGGCCUUGCAAAGACCGCAAGGAGGUACAGGUGCGCUUCGUCGACUCUCGCAAAUCCAAGGUGUUCGUGAACAUCUUCUGCUUGAAGAACGCAUGGACCGAGCCAAAGGCCGUUGAUGUCAGAUUUGGCUUCACCAAGAUCGAUGAAAAUUGGAAGCCCACGCCGGAGGAGCCAGAAAUACCAGAUCAGUUUCCCCUCAUUUGGAUUCGCUGUCAGGUGGGCCGAAAACCCAAGUUUUAUUUGCUGAAUGUGGUUUUACCCGUCGCCUCCAUUGUCUUCGCGAGCAUCUCUUCGCUUGCUGUUUUUGAGGAUAUGGGUGGACGGCUUGGUGCAACCUUAACGUUACUGCUGACGGCAGUGGCCUAUAAGUACCUUGUGGCCGAGAUGGUGCCAAGGAUAAGCUACAACACGCUGUUAGACUGGUACGUCCUCAUUUGUUGGGCUUUCCUGCUUCUCAUGGUGCUGGGAAAUUGCUUCGUGCAUCACGAUGCCAAAACCGCAGUGGGCUUUACAUUUGGUGCGCUCUUUGCAUUCUUUAACGCCGUGUUUGCCGUCGUUUGCCUCAGAACGCACCGUGUGGAGCGUCAGCGCUUGGAGAUUUCAGAUGACCGCGGCGACCACGGAGAACCCUUCCUUGGUGCGACCAGCUCGGAUGAGGAGAAUGAGGCCUUGGUGCUGUACUACAACGAUGACUUCAACACGCAAGACCCUCAAGGCCUCACUCGCACUUUGGAGGAAGUGAAGGCCCUGCCGAAAGAAACAUGUAACGGAGGGAGCAUGAGUCCAAGUAGUGUGUCGACAUCUGGCAGUUAUACCAGUGAGUGGCAGAGGCACAGAAUGUGAUCGCAGCACUUCCAUCCACUAAAUGUGCAGUGUUGGCUGCAUUAAAAUUUUGAAUCCUUAGUUACCUUAGUUCUUGAAUCUUUUUGUUGAAUCUUUCCAGACCCCAAACGGGGCAGCUGGAACAUCGCGGCUUCCGUCUGGCGCCGAAUUUUCCAGAACGAGCCAUAGAACUUGCGCGAUCAGUUCGGAGCAAGUGGCGUCACACUUCGCAGUGCUGGAAGUUCACCUGGCAUUCGGUGCCCGGAGGCAAAAGGA